GUUGUCCAGUAAACGCUUCCUUCACAUUGCAUUUCUUCUGUCUCUCGACUCAUCUGCGGUCUGGUCGUGCGAACUUGAGAAGCAGAGACAGGUAACAGGGAACAGGGACACCCCUGAGAAAAGAGUCUCUAAAGAUGGAGAAAGGAGACCCACACGGUGCCCCUGGAUCCCAGGUGGAAACCAAUGACAGGGAGAAUCCUCCAACCAAAAGACCCCGGAAAAGAAAUAAGGAACGAGGACCAGGUAAUCCCGGGAGGAAAUUUCAAGACCAAGAGAAGAGGAAAAAGAAAAAUCAAAGAAGAAAAAAGAGAAUGUCAAACAUAAAAGGAGGUGACGCUGUCGAAAGUGAAAACACUGAGAAAGACAAGACUGAGGCUGUGGAGACUACAAGCAGCCAAACUCACGAGAGUGUGCCUUUAGAAACACAACAGGUGCAUCCACAAACUGAAGACAACUUGCAAAAAGGAGCAAACAGUGGAGAACAACACCGCGAAAAUGCCACGAUGGUGCAAGCUCUGACUCAAACGAGGAAACAGAAAGGCAGAAACAAAGUCACACAGACUCCAGUUGUUAUUCAGUGCAACAAGGAAACACAGACAGACAUCCCGUACAUGCCAAAACAAGACGAUGCAAAGCAUGAAAAGACUCAAGCUGGCAAAAACGACGCUGCAGAGACACCGCUAAAACAAGACAAACACACACCUGAGCCCAUGCAACAAGACGACAGCACUGUUCACACACCGUUAGCAGCAAAUGAAAAUCCAGACAAUGACGGAGCAGCAUCAGAUUCAGCCAAGGAGCAAAACCCUGAGAAAGAGUCCAGGUCUAAAGAGGAGAUUCCCUCUGCAGGAGUCUCGGGUCGUCCCACAGACUCUCAAGACCAAAAAGGUGCCAAACCAAAGUCUUAUGCCAAAGCUGUGUCUGAAGAGGGUAAGAGUGAGAAACAAUCCAACAUGGCAGCCAACAAAACAGCAGAAAUGACCACAAAAACAUCCCAGAUUGCACGUGACCAAAGCUCAGUGAGACCUCAGCCUGGCGCUCCCAUGUUCACCUUUCACAUCUAUGCUGUGCUGGACAGAAAGUUUAGAUUCAACCAAGAACAUGACAUGCUUGCAUUGUUUCAUGAAGGAGGGUAUUUUCCCCUUGAAAUGACACAUUUUGCAGGACUCAAACAGGAAGGUUAUCUUGUAGAAGCAAGGUUUUCCAUUGAAGAAAGUCUCCUGCAGAGAGGACACUGGGUGACCUAUAAGUAUGGAGUAAAGCAAAGACAAAAAAAUAUAAUGGAAGUUCCCCUAAGACAUUUUCAAAUUCCUCUGGACUCCAAUAUUAAAGAGUUGCACCUUUAUGAAGGCUUCAUCAGUCGUCACGAGCAGCAAAGUUUCUUUCAAACCGGCCUUCACAUGGUUGGCUUAAGGAAAUCGAGAGGUGCAGAGAUUUCAGAUGCCUGGCAGGCCUCAGCUGGAACUCUGCUCAACAGAAUCUUCCAGAAAUGGUCUCCAUCAGACAAACAGAGCACCGAGAGCCUGUGCGACAACCUGAAGCAUUUCAUGGCGAGUCUCGGUUCUGCACAUAUGAGGGUGAGACACCCAGAAAAUUCAGCACCUCCCAUCAUCAAGACAUCAGAGCUGAUUUCAGAGAAGUUGCUUCAGAUCUUGAAAGGAGAGCCAAAGGAGAUGCUCCCAGGAGGCUGCAGAAACAGCAGUCCUCUUUCUCUGGGCCUGUCUGUUUUCAUGGUCACCAGAAACUGUGGUAUCAGCCUGGGAGUGAAAGGCUGGGCUGAUCUAUGCUUCCUGGUGUCCUCAGAGAAGGCGCUUGAGAAGAAAAACCUGGACGAGUUGCUCAGUUCUUUCCAAAAUCCACAACAUGUUGUGUUGGGUCUGAUAAACCACUGCGCUCAGCGCUUGGUGUCGGAGGUCGUCCUGCUCGUUCCUCUGCUCUUCAGACUCCGGCAGCCAGGAGCUGAUGCAACAAAAGUGGGUCCAACUGUGGAGGAAGAAGCCUGGUCAGGACUUGAUAGUGUCCACUUCAGCAGGUUCAGAGAGGACAUUCAGUCCUACCCUGACAAACGAAGGAGAGUGAUGAGUUUGACCCACACAUGCUUACCAAAGGCCAAAGAGAUGCCUCUGCUUCUGAUGAGCUGGUUAUCUCUGGUCGCGUUUGAGGAUGUUCCUGCAUUCUCAGAACAGACAGGAAUACACACAGAACAUCUGAUCCAGAGUCUGUUGUACAGACUCAGAAACUGUGGAGAGCCAAGAGAUAGCAACAGAACACAGGAGAUUGUGAAGCAUGCUCAAAGAGCCCUGGAUCACAUACUGCAGAAGGUAGACAAAGAGAAGGACAGAAUGAUUGAAUCUGGAAACAUCCAGCCGGCCUUCAGGAGCAGCAUCAGUGUGGCCAAGAGCAUGUGCAGACUUGUGAAAGGUGUCUCGUGGUACCAGGCAGCAGUCCUGUCCUACCAGCUGGUGCUGAAACUGGCAGAGAUUUGGGAUUCCAUGCUGAAAAAAGAGUCCAAAGAUGAGAAGCUUGAUACCAAAAAGCAGCCGUUCUUGGAUAAGCUACAUGACAUGCAGCAGCAAAUCAGUGAAUGGCGAGAUGACCUGCUGCAAAAACCCCUUGGGACGCCGUUAAAAACAGUCACGUACACAGAGGAGAUUGAGAUGUGGGAUGCACUGCUGAAAGUGGAAUGCUCUGUGGAAGACGUUUCAUCCCGCUGGACUCAGAGCCUGACAAAAGACCUGAGGAAAAGGAUUUCCAUGGUCAGUGAGGAGAAUAAAGUGCUGGUGUGCUGCCAUGAGCCAACCCUGGCAGUUAUAAGGAAAAGCCACAGUGUUAUACAGACCUGCUUCGAUGAGCUGUGUCACUCUGCUAUCAGGACCAUCUGCCAGAGACAGCAGGAGGGCGACCUGAUGCAAAGUCUCUGCCGUAAGGUGAAAGAGCUUCCUGACGUCAUCCUGUCUGCUGUUGUGGUUGAGUCAGCAGCACGAUUCAGAGACAACUCAGUGGUCCAGCUGCUCGAUCCACAGUCAGCCAUGAACUUCCUACUUUUACACAGUGAUUGGAAGUCGAUCCGGGUGGAUGACUCAGCAGGGCACGUUGUCCACAGCUGUGUGGUCGCAGUGCAAUCUCUGGUGGAGUCUCUGCUUCAAGGACACGUGCCCCUGGGACACCUGCAGACCUGCCUGAAAUAUAAAGAGCAGUUUAUGAGACUUUACCUGCAGUACAAGAAAAAUACCAAGUCUGCAACGGUUCCUGUUGAUGUGGAGGUUGUUUUGGCUCAGAGAGAGAAGGACCUGAACUCUUUCCUGCAGCGGAAACAGCAGAUGGACACCCUGAUAAAGAUGUUAGCAAAGGUUUCAGAAAUCAUCACAGUUCCUGAAAUGUCGACUCUUGAGGAGCAGCACAGUGCAGAUCUCCAGAGUGUGAGCCUGAGCAAACUGGUGCUGGUUCACUCCUUUGAUGCUGAAGGAAAGUUGAAGAAGAUGGGUCCCCCUCAGGUCCUCUGGUAUAACACCAGUCUGAAUGUCCUGAAAAUGGCCAGUGAGAUGUACAAACUACAUCACAGCAACCUGAUUCUGUCCUCAUGGGCAAAGGGGGCUGCCUCCUUGGCGUCAGCGAGGCAGCCCUCCUCAGCUCCCGUUCCAGUAACCCUAAAACAGAUCUGCGAAAACAUCUGGAAUCCGCUGCUGACAGAGUUCUUUGAGCUUGGUGUCAGCAUAGCAAAUGCAAGCAUCACUCUUCAGCAGCUUGAUCGGGUUUUGGUGGAGUGCGGUGACCCAGGAGACGGGAAGUUACUGAAGAAGGAGCUGAGUCUCAUGUCAGAGAUGUUUUCUGAGUCAGGACAGUUCAGACCUGAGGAGAACUGGAUUGAGCUGAGACUUGAUCUGAUCCAGGAGUAUUCACAGCUCCAUGAGGCAGCGGCAGCAGCCAGUGCAAUACUGAAAAUCGCUGAAAAAAUGAAGCUUUCUGGGAAUUUCACUGAGAUUGACACUAUCAGCCAACUGGAAGAGGACACCUUUAAGCAGAGGGAACUGGGCUCCCUCAGUGAUGACCUGUUUCGAGCCAAACAGCAACUCUCCACAGUCACGAAGCAGCACACUGUGUGUCUAGAAGAGUUUCUAGCGAGCCAGUCUCUGGUCACCUGGGUCAAAGAGAACCUUCAGAACAUGAGCGAUGUGAAGGUUUAUGUCGACUUGGCUUCCAUAUCUGCUGGAGAGAACGACACAGAGAUCGACCAGGUGGCCUGUUUCCAUGAUGCAGUGAUGGGCUACGCACCUCUGCUCUACUCCCUCUCCUCUCAAGCCGGCUUUGAGGAGUUCAUGAGGUGUGCUCGGCAGGUGUGGGACACCCAAAGUAGAGAUGAGAAGCUUCCAGACAAAUUGAGAGAAUCUACUCGAUUGCUGAGCUGGCUGAAAGCCUUGAAGGAAACCCACGGCUCUGUGGAGCAGUCCUCUCUCUCUUUGGCUUCUUCUAUUAAUGCACAUGGAGUGUAUCACAUAGGAUGGUCUGAUGAAAACACAGAGAGGAGGUGUCUACAAAACAUGGUCCAGGUCACAGUGGUAAAGGACAGUGAGAAGAAGAGCUACAAGCUUGAAGAGCUGCUGGAGCUACAGAACAAACUCAUGCUCAUGUCAUCCAAAGGGGAGCAUGGCAGAGAACAAGUCAACAGGUUCACAGAGGUUUUUGAAGGCGUUCAGAGAAUUGGCACCAUCCUUCUCCAGAUGCAAACAUCUGGCAAUAUGCUCUUCAGGGAAUGGCAUGCUGAGGUACAGUGCUGUCCACAUCAGCAACCAUGCAUCAAAGUAACCUUCUUAUCCCUGAAGAGUAAAGAGAUGCCGUACUAUGGUGAGCUCACAGAGCAGCUACAAAAGCUGGCUCACUCCAUGGAUAGCUGCCAAAAAGAAUGGUGUUCCUUCAUCAGUGAGAUGCGCUUCAAGUUCAGCUUGCUGAAUCACUACACCUCAGAGCAGAUGGUGUACCUGUGCUACUGGAUACACAAAGUGUGUCAACGGCAGACGUCAGUUCCUCAACAAGUAUGGCAUUUACUUUUUCCCAUAAAGCCUCAGUGCAGCCUAACUGAUAUCAGAGUGGCUUACAGUAAUGCAACAAGUAUGAUAUCAAAGCAUGAUGAAUUGGAAGAUGCUGAGUUUGCUGAUGAAGAUCAGUAUUACAGUCCCUCUGCAGACUUAACACCUGCUUCAUCAGGACACACUGAAGAGGAUACAGAAGAGGCUCAUGAUUUGAUGGAGUUUUCUUCAGAGGAUGAAGAUCAUAGUGUCAUGAAAUGUGAUAAUGAUGACAUCAGGAAGCAUGGUGAGGACAGUCUUGAAAACCUCUGGAGGCUAUUCAAGAAAGACAUGGCACAUUACCUCAGUGAGUUCCUGGACAUCUCAACUCUGGCCCACUUCCUCUCAUGCCUCUCUGAAAUGAACCAGCAACACAUGAUCAGGAACCUUCCACCGCUUCUCCAGGAGGGAAAGCCAAAUCUUUUGCUUUGUCCCAGUGCAGAUGUUUUUACCACCGUCCUGUCUUUUUACAUGAAGAGUCCAGAGCAGCCUCUGCCAUCUACUGAUGAGGUUCUAGUCUGCAGAGAGGAGACCACAGAGGAAGAGGUGGAAAUCUUUAUCCGCCGAGCUCUUGGCCCAGGUUCCAAAACAAACUGUCAGAAGAUAUAUUCUCUUGUCAAUCCAGGGCUGCUGGGAUAUGAUGUCAGUGUGGCCUUGGGGGAGCUCUUUCAGGCCCUUGAGGGAAGUGCCAACCCACAAUAUCGUUUGGUAAUAGUCAGUCCAGUUGGGCAUCAGCACAGAUAUGUGCCGUCUUUCUUCAGCAGUGAUAAAGUACAGGCUGGUGUGAGUCUAACAGCAGAGACUGCCAGGAAAUAUCUGCAUCACCACUUCACACAAAACGCACUCCAGCAAAACCCUGCUGCACUGGUUUCUCCAGAUCAGCUGUCAGUCUGGAUGCUGUCAUCUGUACGUCCUGCAGUUGGAAAAUCCCUUUAUGUGGAUCGUUUGUUUGAGAAGUUCCAACAGAAAGCUCCCAGAGCAAAACACAUCAGGAUCAGACUGAUUGAGCCACAUGUUGAUAUAGACUCCUUGAUUGAGAGCCUUUCAGAGAAGAUGGCAACCUUGAGAGAGCAGGACCCUGUACUCCUCCACAUUGACACUGCUGGAGUUCGUUCAGGCCUGGAAGAACUCCUGUUUCAUCUGUUAGUUCUGGGCUGUUUGAGUGACAGUCAUGGCAUGCUGUGGCGAAGGAAUGUAACUCACUUGAUCACUGUUGAGGUCCUGAACCCAUACACACCCCCUCAAAACCAGCCUAAAGAGAUGAGGCUUGGACUUCUAGACAUUCUGCCUACCAUCCACUGUAGACCCCCAAAAGAGGUGAAGCAGUUGCUGGCGAAUCGAGGGGUUUUAACAAAACAGGCCUUUGAUCCACUCAUGGAUGAACAGGAAUUUUGCAGUGAGGGGAUUCAAAGACCCUAUCAGUACUUAAAGCUCUACGAAAACAAUCAGAAUCUGGAUCAUUUUAACUACCAAGAAGGAUCCAGACGUGGGGAUCCCAUGGAUUGUCUCAAAUACCUCCUGUUCUACUGUGGAAUGCAAGAUCCAUCUUGGGCUGAGCUGAAGAACUUCUCCUGGUUCCUCAAUGUGCAGCUGAAAGACUGUGAGAACUCAGUUUUCUGUGAUCCAGACUAUCUGGCUGACCAGCUACCAGGUUUCAAGAACUUCAUUGUGAAGUUCAUGAUUCUAAUGGCAAGAGAUUUUGCUACGCCUUCACUGAACACAUCUGAUGAAAGCCCCGUGCCACGUAUUGAAAGCAGUCUGGAAGAUGACCUUCUUGCCCAUCUGACAAUUCGCAAGCGUUGGGAAAAUGAGCCUCAUCCAUACAUUUUCUUCAAUGCAGACCGAUUCUCAAUGUCUUUUCUGGGCUUUAAUGUGAAGACAUGUCAAAGGCGAAGCACAUUGAGUGCAGUUGAUCCUCACAGCAAAAAGGUCCUGAUAGAAGAUGUGAUGACAGAAGAACUUUUUCAAGGCUUGGAACAGCAAAGGAUCUCUCUCACUGAAAACUUUGAUCAGUUGCCCCGACAAAACAAAAUCAAAAGGAUUUCAUGUGUUGUUGGUGCAAAGAAAGGGAUUAUGGACAACAAAUUUGAUCCAGACCCAUCAUAUGAGCUCACUGCUGACAAUGUGAUGAAGAUGUUGGCCAUAAACAUGAGAUUCCGGUGUGGGAUUCCAGUUGUCAUCAUGGGAGAAACUGGCUGUGGAAAAACCAGAUUAGUCAGUUUCCUUUGUGCUCUGCAGAGAGAGGAAAGACCAGUGGAGAACAUGGUACUUGUCAAAGUACAUGGUGGCACUACAGCAGAGAUGAUCUACAGAAAAGUGAGGGAGGCAGAGACACUUGCUGAGAAGAACCGUAGAAUACACAAACUAGACACCAUUUUGUUCUUUGAUGAAGCUAACACCACAGAGGCCAUUUUUGCCAUCAAGGAAAUCCUGUGUGACCAGUCAGUGAAAGGGAAACCUCUGAAAGCAGACAGUGGCUUAAAAAUAAUAGCUGCUUGCAAUCCUUACAGGAAGCACUCACCUGAAAUGGUGGAACGUUUGGAACGUGCAGGAUUAGGAUACAGGGUGAAGGCAGAUGAAACAGAAGACCGCCUUGGCAACGUCCCCCUGAGGCAACUGGUGUACAGAGUUCAUCCUCUGCCACCAAGCAUGGCUUCUUUGGUGUGGGAUUUUGGUCAGUUGAGUGACUCAACUGAACUUUCCUACAUCAAACAGAUUGUCCAGAAGAAAGUUGAUGACCAUUCCUUACCAGUGGUCUGCAAGAGCAUCAUUUCAAAUGUGCUGGCAGCCUCCCAGAAAUACAUGCGAAGUCGGAAAAAUGAAUGUAGCUUCGUGAGCCUCAGGGAUGUGGAGAGGUCUAUGACAGUGCUAGUUUGGUUUUACCAGCAUGGUCAGGUCAUUUUCAGCAACUGCUCUUGUCUCAGUGAAACUCAUAAAACACUGAAGUGCCUGAUCCUUGCAGUUGGUGUCUGCUACUACCCAUCUCUGGUGGACAAAGAGAAGUACCUUUCUGUAAUUUGUCGGCACUUUCCAGAGCCUUUUUGUUCUUCAACAGCAUUGCAGGCAGAGAUCUCAUCCUGUCAAGACUUCUUCCUGCAGAACAUACAGACAAGGGAGACCAUAGCCAAAAAUGUUGCUCUCAAAGAGAAUGUGUUUCUCAUGGUGGUUUGCAUUGAGCUCAGGAUCCCACUUUUUCUGGUUGGUAAGCCAGGCAGCUCCAAGUCACUUGCUAAAACAGUGGUUGCUGAUGCUAUGCAGGGCCAAAGCUCCCACUGGGAACUAUUCAAGAAACUGAAGCAAGUUCACAUGGUCUCCUUCCAGUGCAGUCCUCACUCCAGUCCAGAGGGCAUCAUAGGGACAUUCAGGAACUGUGCUCGGUUUCAAAAGGACAAAAACAUGGAUGAGUAUGUAUCAGUGGUGGUGCUUGAUGAGAUUGGACUAGCAGAAGAUUCUCCUCAGAUGCCCCUGAAGACCCUCCAUCCUCUUUUGGAGGAUGGAUGCAUUGACAGUGACAAGCCAGAUCCGCACAUGAAGGUUGGCUUUGUUGGCAUCUCCAACUGGGCUCUUGACCCAGCAAAGAUGAACAGAGGAAUAUUUGUGUCCAGAUGGGAUCCUAGUGAGGAUGAACUUGUGGAAACUGCCAAGGGAAUCUGUUCAUCUUCCAAUCAGAUUCUUCUGAAAAUCACACACCUCUUCCCACCUUUGGCGAAGGCCUUCUUGAGCAUUUGCAAUGAGACCUCAAAGAAUCAGUUCUUUGGUCUAAGGGACUAUUACAGCCUCAUCAAAAUGCUCUUUGCCACAGUCAGAUCCACACACCAAGAGCCAGAUGUUGGACAGUUAGCGGAGGCCAUCUUGUGUAACUUCAGUGGACAGCCAGAGGAUUUUGACCCUGUUGUAUUUUUCCAAGAGGUUCUCCAAAACCUUACAGAAAUUCCCAGACCAAGCACCUUGCAAAUGGUGAAAAAGAAUCUUGAUCAUGACACCAGCCAGGAGAGCCGUUACCUCCUUUUGCUGACCACCAACAAUGCAGCUCUCCAUAUCCUUCAGCAACAUGUCUUCGCCAAAGGGGACUACACACAGCCUGAAAUAGUCUUUGGCUCGGGAUUCCCAAAGGACCAGGAAUAUGCCCAAAUCUGCCGUAAUGUGAACCGAGUGAAAAUAUGCAUGGAGACUGGUCGCACUGUCAUCCUCCUCAACAUGCAGAAUCUUUAUGAAAGCCUGUAUGAUGCCUUGAACCAGUACUAUGUUUACCUCAGUAAUCAGCAAUAUGUUGAUCUAGGUCUUGGUUCCCACAGAGUUAAAUGUCGUGUCCACACAAGCUUCAGACUGGUAGUAGUGGAGGACCAGAAGAAGGUCUAUGAGCACUUUCCCGUGCCCCUCAUCAACAGGCUUGAGAAACACAGGCUGGAUAGGAGUACUGAUCUGGAGCCAUGGCAGCACAGGGUUCUUCACAAACUAAAGGAAUGGGUGAAGGAAUUCUCCACAUCACGUGAGGCCACAUCAGAUUUCGAACUGUCUGAAAUUUUUGUUGGCUUCCAUGGUGAUGCCUGUGCCAGUGCUCUUUUGCAAGCACUUGAAAGGAGAGCACAAAAAGUUGAAGACAGUACAGGACGACAGCAUCAGCCGGAUGAAAAUGGUGACUCACUGGAAAAAGAUGAGCCAAACGAAACACCUGACUCAAAUGUUAAUGGCGAGAAAGAGGUAACUGAUGAGAAGGAUGACCAGUUUGGUGAUGCAGUGGACAUGGAGAUUGCUGGAAUAGAGCAAGAAACUGAGUCAGUGGAAAAGAAUGAUGAUGAAUCCACUGAGGAUUGUGAUGAGAAUAAAGUGAUGUCUGAGAGUGAAGACAUGAUGGAGACAGAAAACAGUGUUGGGUCUGCUGGGGAAGAUGAGGAAGACGUCUUCGAUUCAGCCAAGUGUCUCUUGUUGAACUGUGCCACCCCUGAUGCUGUGGUGAGGCUCAAGUAUUCAGAUUUAGCAAACCAGGAGAGGGAGAGACUCCAGAGAAUGUACUUCCAGCAACAACAUCACCACUCGCUCCAGGAUUUCCUGGAAGAUUGCCUGAACAAGACUCAGGGGUCCACCAAGUUUGUAGAGAUAACUACAUUCUCCAGCUUGUUAACCAGAUCAGAUGUCAAGGUUGUAGCCAAUGCGCUAGGACUGCGUUCAGACAGGAUCCUCCUGCUCUCGCUUCACCAGUUUGACACUGAAGUUUCCUUCUGCAACAAGAUGCGAGGCUUCCUUCAAAAUGCUGACCACUCUCUUCACAUCCUGUUAAUCCAGAUGGACCUUGAGGAAUCCCACUGCAGUGACGAGCUCAUAGCAUCAGCAAAAUAUUGCACCAUGAAUUACCUGAUGUCACUGGAGGAUCACACCUGUUGGGUGCUUUUCACUGUGAAGGUUUCUAGGAUCCCAAGUAAUUCUCAGUACAUUGGUUUCCAAGGAGGAGUCUGGCAGUCAGUGCAUAUUGAUGACCUGAGGGAUUCAGAGGACAUGAGCCUGAACCUGCUGGGUUUCUGUGGAACUCUCAUUAGCAACCUGCUCAACCCUGCACUGUCAGACCAUGAAGAUGGAGAAACAGUGAGGGAAAGGAAGGAUUCUCAGGCAGAUAGGGUCCACCUCCACAGCCUAUCCUUAGUGAGAUCCUGUAUCCAAAAAGCUGUGGGUUUGCUGAGGGACUCCAAUGGCAUGAGAUCACGAAGCAUGCAGCGGAUGCACAUCCUUCUGACUCUUCUGGGAACUGGUCAAGGCCACAUAGGAGCUCGCUUUCAGAGGGUGUUAUUGAGUAGACUGGCUGAGGCCUUGGCACAGAGAGAAGAAAUGAUGGACUCUCCCAAGGAGUGGGUGCGCAAAGAAGCCAACAAACGGCAGGCUCUACAAGAGGGGGGAACUCUGAGACAUACCCUGUGGCGCUGUCUUCAGUCUACCGUGACUCCGUUCUUGGCUAGUCUGUUGGAGGUUAUGGACAGGUAUGCAAAUCUGGACCUGCUCUCUGAUCAAAGGCUCAGUCAGGGCCUGAUAAACCUGUGGGUGGACAUCCUGGCAGAUUCACAGAUUUUAGACCUAACACCUCUCCAAAAACCAAGUGAGGCAGACCAGGAGGUGCUUGUGCAGCACUACUUCAUGUUGGAUGGUGAAGAGCAACCCUGCUCUGCCCCGUUCAGCUGGCUCAUCAGAAGGCACCUGGAAAGCCUGUGGGAGGAAUCUGAAUUUAUGCCAGUAACUGAAGAGGAUGGUACAGAGAGGAUUCGCCAGUUCGUGAGCACCUUCAACAACAGCAGCCUGGGCAGCCACUUCCAGAAACUCACGGACGGGGAGCGAUUGGAGUAUAGCCAUCACUAUCUGCGAGACUUUCUGCUGCUUUCUCUGAAGAUCAAGUCAAAGGAUGAGCUUAGGGUGUUCACCAGGGCCAUGUUGGGCUGUGUGUCUGAGCUUCAGACUUCCAUGGGUGCCACUCCUGACCUCUCUCCUGCCUGGAUAAUGGCUGCUGCCAAACAUUUUGCCCCCAGACUGGACACUCUCUGCCACAUGUUUCUGCUGCAGCCUCAGCUAGCCACCAGUGUCUUUCAGCAGGGGUCAAAGAGGGCGUCCCAAGAAAUGGUGGAGGAUAUUUUAGCUCUUGGUGUCUGUGUAGAGCAGACCAAACUACUCACUGUGACGUCGCAGCAAGAGUGCGAGUCCUUUGUGAGCAGAGUGGAGUUUUUGCAGCCUUGUCUCGACAGAGCGUUUAGUCAGAAAUACAGAACCCUCUGCAGCGCUGGCUGCCUGCAACACCUGGACUCCAUCAGGUCGCUGUGGUAUGGGAUGCUCAUUGUUGCAUCUUUCAUUCAGCACAUUGUUUUUCAAGUUAAAGAGAAUGACCUGCGAUUGAAAGAACUGGCUCUCAGACACUGCAGCCUUCAUCUGAUCCUGAUGCAGGAAUCACCUGAUGUAAGGAGCCUGGACACACUGCAGCAGCUGAUCCGCAUCCUCAAUUCUUUCCACGAUGAGUGCAUCAGCAGGGAUCUGAGGUUUGGCAUUUCCUGUCCAGUUUGCUUGUUGGAGCUCAAAGAGCCGUCGGUUCUUCCCUGCCAGCACGUCUUCUGUCUGCCAUGCCUCCAGCUCUGCAUUCAGCCACACAGACGUUCUUGCCCUAAAUGCAGGGCAGAUGUGCCAGCCAACUUUGAGCCGACUGUUUCUCACACCGUCAACUCAGCCCUUCAGCAGCAUGCAGCCAUCAGGGGCUGCUGUAACUCCUUCUUCCUGGAGGUGGUGUCCAGGUUCUGUCUGUCAGAGGGCCAGAAACCUGGAGAGGGAGUGGUGGAGCUCCUCUUCUCUUUGCUCGUCUCUUCUAACGGAGAUGUGUACAGAACCAGAGAGCUCACUCCUUUCCUGGAGUGUGUGGAUAACAAUCCGGUGGUCCGAUCCGUGCUGCCAAAACUUUUGCUGCAGUACAGUUUUGAUGAGGUCAAGGCUCACAUUCAGACCUACCUGAAGAAUCUGGAGGAGAACCUUCUGGACAGAGAAGACCGCACUGAACUCUACCUGCUGUUUGUCAACUGUUUCCAGGACUCUCUGUUGUGCUCAGAUGCAAAACAAGUAGAAGAGAGUGGAGAGAAACAAAGGCAGGCAGAAAUCAGGUUCCUGAGCAGGAUUGCCAGGAUGCAGACUCCAGACAGACGGGAAGACCCGGCAGAGUUCCUGCUCAACAUAGCCAGGCUGAGAAUAUGCAUGAGCACUGCAGCCCAGCUGCUGGAGAAAGCCACAUUUCAGGGCAGGCGAGAUGCAGUGGAGGCUCAGUACCUUCUGCAGGUGAGGGCAGUGUGUGAGUACUGUGGUAAUGACUGGCACAGGGUUUACCUGCUGCGAGCUCUCCACAGACUCUCUGGAAUGGACUGCAUACUGUCCCUGAUGAAUAGUCCAGCCUGGAGAUGGGUUUUCCCUGCAGAUCUCAUUCGACUUCAGGGGAUGAUAGCGACUAAUGUGGACCAGUUCCUCUGCUGUGGGACGCCUUACCGAGCUGUGAGAGAUGCCAUGACCCAGGUUCUGCUGGAGAACAGAUCAGACGCCUUCAUGACAGAACUGCAGAAACUGGGACGUUCUCAGAUCAGCCUUCUGGCCCUGGCCUUGUUCAGACACAUCACCUGCCUCUACAAAUCACCUGACGUCAACACACAUCCUUCCUCACAGGUCACAGCAAGACUGGAAGAGCUCCUCAAAAAUAUCGGAUCAAAGGAGUUCAGGGAGUUCUGCUCUUCACUUCUGUUGAAUCACAUUGGUGGACCGGGUUCGUGUCUCCACAUCAACGCAAAUCUUUCAGCUCAGAGACAAACCCUGCUGGAGCUGCUGGUCCAUCUGGAUUCUGUGGUCUUCAGUGGAAAUUCUUUACUGGGUCCUCUCUACCAGAUAGCCUCUCAGCCUCAGAACGUUAUAGCUUCCUUUCUGCCAACCAUGCCGGCUGAUCACAGAAGUGAAGCCAGACAGUGGUUGAGAGGAGAGAAGAAACUAGAGAUGUACACCUGUGCCAAUGGACACGUAUGCUUUGUGGGAGAGUGUGGUAAACCGAUGGUUGUAUCUACAUGUCCUGACUGUGGACUUCCAAUUGGUGGACAAAACCAUAGUCCAGUCAGCGGGUUUACUCGUGAGACACAUCACAGAGAUCAAACUCGGACAGGACACAUAUUAGGAGACGCUGAUCGGAGGUCUGAAGCCCCUGAAAGACAGAUGACUUCCGCUCAGUCCUGUGUCCUGCGGCUGCUGACUCACCUCGCCAUGCUUCAAGGCACCAUAAGAAAUCAGAGAGGAGUCGAAGACAUGAUCCACCCCAGGCCGACAAAUGUUUUCAACUUCCUGUGGGACCACCUGGAAAAGGACAUGAGUGUGCUGGGGAAGGCUUUGAACCAGAACAUGGACAGCACAGCGGUUACAGUGCAUUUGAUUCUCAAUGUCUGCACAGAAUUCACUACAGGUUCCCACCGUGCACAACCUGAUCUGUCCUCCAGACAAGGACGGCAGCAGUGGGAGAAGCUCGUCUGUGAUUCUGCCAUCAACCCAGUGCUUCAAAAUUUGCAGCAGAAUCUGGCUGAAGCUCAGGACAGAAUCGCUGCUGAUGACAGACUUGCUGGAAGCCCCCUGAUGAAUCUUCUCUAUGGGGAUCCUGGGAACAUGUUGUCCCUCCCCUCGGACUGCCCGACACAUCGCUCCUCCUUCUGGACUCUCCCUCAGAUAAUGACAGUGGAGCGAUUUUCUCAGUUGGUGGGAGAAGCACAAGGACGCAGCUCUUUACCUCUGCUGAUCGUGUUCCUCAGGAAGAUCCACUGUGUGAGACAGUUACACCACCUACCUGAGCUGGCUGCUUUACUCUCAGACCUGCUGAGGGUGUUCCCUCUGACAUCAGGCUCUGCAUCUCAGACCAUUGCACAGAUGUUACAACAGAUACCAGCAGGAUACCAGAAGAAGAAGCUGCUCGAGAGAGUGGAGAGAUUCGUCAAAGUGUGGAACUGCCUCCGAGCAGAGGUGGCAAACAACUCAGCAGACUUGGGUGUGGAUGUGAACUUGUGUGAGAAGGAGCUGACAGCCGAGAGCUCUGGGGAGUUUCUGACACCGUGCCGACAUGGACCGGGGUCCUGUCUCCGAACUCUGGUGGACUUCCUGUCUGAGACUCACAACAGCCUGGUGAGAGAGGCCAGGAGAGUGAGCCACCAGGACGACAGUGAAUAUAGUGUUCCACUGGAUAGAAUAUCAGAAACCCAGCUGACCCUGUGCAACCCAGAGAGAGAGCUGCUACCUUUGGUUUUAGCCCACUGUCACUACACCUUGAAGAAAGGCGGGGAAACAGACAGGAGCUACGACCUGCCAGGAAUCCAAACCCAGCUGGCCCGCCGCUUCCUGGCUGGAAAACCACUUAUCCAAGCGGACACUUCGAAGUACCUGAAUAGACACCUGCAGGAUUUCACUGUGGUUCUGUCCGAGGUCAGAGGAAAGAUUCGUCAGGAACCGUUGAAGGGUUCCGUGAGCAGUACCAUGAGAACAGUGCUGCGUUCAUACACAGAUGUUUGUGAUGCUGUGUUUGUGGUGGAGAUUGGCCUUCGCUUCCUUGGCAAGACGGGCGGUGAUCCUCAGGGUCAACUUUUGUCCUACCUCACUGAUUCUCUGCAGAUGCGCCCACAGAUUUCCAGCACUGUAGCCAAGGGUCUUGCAGAAAGCAAACUGGAAAACAGUGUGUUCACCUGGCAGCUCCUGACUUGUUGGAAAUCUGAGCUUAUUCUCAACAGAAAGCAAGACCCAUUCCAGAGACUACCUUCAGAGUUCCAGCAGAAGCUGUCUGAGAACGAGAGGAAAGGACUAAAGGUUUUCCUCGCUGUCACAGAUGUUGAUGCUUUCUCUCUGGAACUGCAUGAAAUUCUGCUGCUAAAGACAAGCAACGCUGUGCCUGACCAGGGCUACCAACCACACUGGGACAUCAGGUGCACCUUAGAGAGCCAUUUGGAGCAGAAAGACCUUCCACCUCUGCUGGGGCUUGAGUUUCUACCAGAGGAGAUCACACUGGGACAAGGAGCUGAUGUGUGGAGGGUAGCCGUGGAGUUUAAAAGAAGAUAGAUUAUUUCUACACGAAGGAAAUCAUUACAGUUCAUUUUAUGUUCUUGUUGUUAUUACUGUCUAUAAGGGAAUAUCCGAAAGAAGAUAGAGUAUAAAUUAAAUCAUUCAAAAAGGACCACAGAGACACAAAAUGACUACAAAGGAAUACAAAUGAACAUAAAGAGACAAAUAGUCUCACAAUAGUUUGUAGUCAUUUUAUGUCCAUUUCAAUCUGGGAAUCCCACAAAAUCUGCAUCCAGGGGCCUAUGUUUUUAUAAGCUAUGAUUCCACAUGAAAAGAUACACUCUGAUUAAUUAUGCCUUUCUCUGAUGUAAAUAUUUUAAUGUUUAAAUGUUGAGAUUUAUUUCUUAUUUGUUCAAGUUUCAAAAGACCGAGAAAUUGGUAUUUUUAGGCAUUGUCUUAUGUUCGGUCUGUUAACGGGGCGUCAGGGAACAAUUAAUAAAUCAAUUGUGAAUGAACUGGA